AUGGAAAACUUGACUUUUCUAAAUCUUUCCCACAACUCUCUGAAAGGUGUUGCGCAGUUUCCAGGCGUAGGACAACUUCAAUGGAAGCUUCAGUAUCUUGACUUACAUUCCAACUCCAUUGAAGGAUCCCUUCCAAUUCCACCACCUGGCUUGACGGUCUUUUUGAUCUCAAACAAUAAUGUAUCAGGAGAGAUACCUCAGUCAAUUUGUGAUAGCAGCACCAUUGAAGUUCUUGAUCUUUCUUACAACAAUUUGAGUGGCAAAAUUCCAGAAUGUAUGGGGAACUUUAGCAUCAAUCUUCAGGUAUUGGAUUUGCGGAAGAACAAAUUGUAUGGAAAAAUUCCUGGAACAUUUACAGAGGGAAGUAAUUUGAGAACGCUUAACUUGAAUUACAAUGGAUUAGAGGGACCACUCCCACAAUCUUUGAUCUACUGUACAAUGCUCGAAGUUCUAGAUCUUGGGAACAACAAAAUAAAUUAUACUUUCCCAUUUUGGUUGAAAAGUCUUGAAAACUUGCAGGUGCUUGUUCUUCGUUCCAAUUACUUUCAUGGUUCAGUAUGGCGUUCUUUUGAUCGUGAUAGUAGUUAUUUCCCUAAGUUGAGAAUCUUUGAUCUCUCAAGGAACAGAUUUAGUGGUUCUUUACCAACAAGGUACUUUGAAAAUCUAACCGAUAUGAUGACUAAUCGUGAAUAUAAGAAGAAGUUGAAGUACAUGCAGGGUACAAAGUAUUAUCAAGAUUCUGUGGAGGUGGUAAUAAAAGGCAGGGAUGUGUUACUGGUGAAAAUUAUUACCACUUUGACAAGUAUUGAUUUCUCUCACAAUUACUUCGAUGGAGAGAUUCCAACAGUAAUUGGAAAGCUUCGGGCACUUCGACUCCUCAACCUGUCUCACAACAGUCUAGGAGGUCAUAUUCCUGCAUCUUUAGGAAAUUUAAGCCUUCUAGAAUCCUUGGACCUAUCGUCAAACAAGCUUUUUGGGCAAAUUCCCUCACAGUUGGUAAGCUUGACAUUUCUUUCAAAGUUAAAUUUGUCACAAAACCAGCUUGUGGGACUUAUUCCUCAAGGAGACCAGUUUAAUACUUUCUCAAAUGACUCAUACUAUGGCAACUUGGGAUUAUGCGGACCUCCAUUGACGAAAAAAUGUCAAGAACCACCAUCAUCGACAUUCCAUGAUUAUGAAGACCACAAUAAGUCAACCUGGUUUGAUUGGAAAGUCAUUAUGAUGGGUUAUGGAUGCGGUCUAUUGCUCGGCUUGCUUAUUGGGUAUGCUGUUUUCUCGACAGGAAAGCCACAGUGGGUUCUAAGGAUGAUUGAGAAAAGCACUCUUGGAAAAUCUGAUUAA